UAUAUGUGAUGAUUUUAAUUUACAGCAUGAAAAUUAUAAAAUUAUUAUAUUUGGCAUAAUUAUGCAAAUAUUUAAAUAUGGGAGUAACCCUAAAAAUAUAUAAUAAUUAUGUAAAACAUAUAUCUAUAUAUAUAAAUGUGAAAAUAUAUAUCUGCACGGUUGUGCGGGUGGAAAUCUAGUAAAUUGUUUAAGAUUUGAGUAUCUAUUUUCUAAAUUCUGUUAUAUAAAUUGUUUAAAAUUUGAGAAUUUAAUGAUUUUUUUUGGUGAAUAAGUUUUUAAAACCAAGAAUAAUUGAUAUAAAGCAUAAUAAUGAUGAAUAUGAUUUUUAAAAUAUAAAGUAGAUAAUAUUAGGUAAUAUAAUAAAUAUUACCGUAACAUAUAUAUUUAAAUAUAUUAUAUAUAUUCGUAAGUUGUGAGAUGCAACAUUCAAGUACAUAUAUCACAUAAUUCAAUUCCAAAUUUAUUUUGGCAACUUCAUAUAUGAUUUUUUUAAAUAAGACAUAGCAUUAUAAUGAACUCUAAUAUAUUGGAUGAAAAAAAAAAAGAACUCCGAUAUAUUUUGUACAUUUUCAAAAUUUUAAAUGAAUCAUACAUUAUAGUUUUGUGAACAACACGUUUUUAUGGUGUUAAUAGAGUUUGAUAAGAGUUUUUACCUUGGAAGUCUAAAUCUUAUGGUUUGAAUAAACAUAAUUUAGAUGAGUUUGUAAAGGAUGGGCUUAAUAUUUUGACAGAUAGUGGCAAAAUUUAUUGGGCUGAAAUAGUGCUGAGAUUUGAUUUGGCAAGAUCGCUUUUGUUUCUGGUGGGGUGGGCUUUUAAUUUCCGAAAACAAUUAAAAAAAAAAAAAAAGGUAGUGACAUUUUUUGUAAUUAACUGGAAAAAUCAGAGGCAGAAUAUAAAGUUUCUGUUUUAAUAGUAUAGACGUGAAAAAAAUAUAGUCGCUAACUUACGGAAAAGAGUAAUCACAAAUUUCUUCAAGCUGUCAUCGUCUUAGGGUUUUGCCUCGUGAAGAUGCCAAAAACAACCGAACAUUGCGAUGAAAAAAUUGAAGAGAUACUUUGUGAAGACCGGAUUAGUUCUUUACCCGACGAUUUGCUUGUGACGAUACUGUUGUCUGUCCCUCUUAAAGAUGCAGCAGCCACCAUGAUUUUGUCUAAGCGAUGGCGUUUUAUGUGGACUAUGUUGCCUAUACUUGUUUACAAAGAAAGCGAUGUUGAGAGCAAGAAUAGUGUUUGGGAUUUUCUUGACAAGUCACUGGAACUCCACAAAGCCCCUCUUCUAGGUAUGUAUAUGCAACUCGGUCCACAGUGUCCAUUAGAUGCUGAUGUGGGAAAGUGGGUUGCAACGGCUCUUGAUCGCGGCUUGGCAUUGCUAAUCUUCGAGCUCCGCUGGUCCGCAGAUCCAACCAGCUUGCCCAUGACCCUUUACUCCUGCAAAUCUCUCAAGAUAUUGCGUCUCUCCCACAAGGUUCUAGUGGAUCUUCCUUCUUCCAUCUGGCUUCCAUCACUUCAAAUUCUCGAGCUAAACUGUGUGGUGUAUAAAAACGAAGAUUCUCUCAAAAGGUUCUUAUCAAGCUGCCCCGUUCUGGAGAGUAUGACCGUGACACGGGAAAAAGAUGACAACGUGAAAAUUUUCACUGUGAAAGCUCCUUAUCUAUUGGACUUAUCUUAUGGUAAUUAUAUGUCGGACGAUGAUGAAGAAGAUACCGGUAGAUGUUUGGUUAUUGAUACUCCGGCAUUAACAUACUUAGACAUAGCCGAUUAUUCAGGAAACUCUUGGUCGAUCGAGAAUACACCCUGUUUGGAGGAAGUUUACUUCAAUGUUGAUCGGUCUUUACUUGGUUUUGACAAAUUCUUAAGAUCUUUCUCCAAAGUCUUAUUUCUUGAGUUGAUUUUAACUGAUAAAAUGAUUGUGUGUUUUAGCACCAUCGAGUUCUCUCGGCUGACGAAGUGUAAAUUAUUCCCGAAUAACUCAAACUGGAUGGAUUCACUUGUGUCUUUCCUCCACAAUACUCCAAAACUUAAGUAUCUUAUAAUUGAUUAUAAAACAAACCAUCAACCACCGAUUGCCUCUAUGUGGUGGAGCCAAUCUAUCAGUGAUCCCGAAUGCUUAUCCUCAAGUCUGGAAAAGUUUGAAUUGAUAGACUAUGGAGGAAGAGAAGAAGAGCGAGAAUUGGUAGAAUACAUCUUAACCACCUCUAUAUGUUUAAAGACGGCUACAAUCUCCUUGUCCACCUUAAAACUUGAAGAUGAAGACAUAACUAUGAAGGAGUUGAAAGCUAUUCCUAGGGUUUCUAUAACAUCUCAUCUCUUUUUCAAAACUUCACAUAAAUAAUUAUGUAAACUAUAACUGUGUUUUUUUUUGGGGUUUUACAUUGUUUCCUUAUCUCGACGUUUAUAUAUUAUAUAUUCUAUUUUGUAUAUUACAGAUCUUACUUAGAACAAUAAAUACGACUUGCUUAAGUAACAUCAGGUUUUUAUGCAUAUGUUGAAUGUUUAAAUUGGGGAAAUAAAGUUUGUUGUUGAGCCAAAAAAAAGUUUCCAUCAGGUUUUAGAAACAGGGAUUUCUCUAGUGUGUGAUAAAAGCGAAGUUCAAUACGCCACACUGGAGUAUCUUUGGGUUUAACUCCCUCCCGAAGAAAGUUCUUAUGUGCGUUGAAGAGAUUUUUCACAGCUCAAACUCGCCGAGAAACAAACUUUACAGCAACAACCCACGAAUAUCUUAUCAUAGAACAGAACAACCCACAACAUAUUUGAAAUUAGGCCUGGACAUUUGGGUCGUCGGGUCGGGUUCGGAUCGGAUCUUUUUGGGUCCGGGUCUUUUGAGUCUAAAAGUUUAUGACUUGAUAUGGUGAUUUCAAAUUCUCGGUUCCGGGUCAGUUCGGAUCGUACCGGGUCGGGUCGGGUCUUAGAUACUUAGACCCAUUCGGGUAACUACAAUUUAUCGGUUCGGAUUCGGUUCAGUUUCGGAUCGGGUUCGGUUCGGGUUUGAUUUAAAAAAGACCUAAAAUAAAAAAAAAAUCUGAAAAUAUUUAUAUAUCUAAAAAUAUUCAACAUUUGUGUUUUUAUUAUAUUAAAAUAUGUAUAUAUAUUAAACUAUGCGAGAUACAACAACCAUUCGUUGUCUCUUAGUGGUUGACCCCAUGUUCUCUAGAUGAAUAACCCGUCUUCGAUUCCCCCUUAAUGCAUUUUAUUUAAUUUACAUUAUUAAUUCGGGUACCCAUCGGGUUUCAGGUUUGGGUCGGGUCAGGUCGAAGACCCGCGGGUUCUCUGCAACAAGACCCGAUAGGGUAAUUUGAUCGGGUCGGCUCCUUCCCGAACCGUUUUUUUUGGGUCGGUUUCGGGUCGGAUCUUCGGGUCCGAGUAAACUGUUCAGGCCUAUUUAAAAUUGUUUAAAAUAAAAUUAAAGAUCAUUUAAGGCCCAAUUACCAAUUUUUGGGCCUUUCCAAUUUGACGUUUUUGCAUCUAAUUUAUUCUUCGCUAGCUUUGUUAUUUCUUUUUAAUCCCUUAUAUAUUAAAAGAGAAGUAUUGUAAUAAUUGCGUUCACACUAAACUGGACACAUGUCACGUGUAGAAACAUUAUAAUAAAUGCGUUCACACUAAAAUGGACACAUGUCACAUAUAAAGAGCUUCUCAGCUAAACUCUACAUAAAUAUGUUAACACUAUGUACUUUACGUUUUUUUAAUAUAAAACUCACAUGCAUAGUUCUUCUGUUUACGAAUAGAGCUGGACAAGUUAUUCAUAAAUUUUGAUUUGAUUCGUUAUCCGUUUUGAUUCGAACC